UGCAGUCAUGGUUUUGUUUGGUGAGUAAACAAGAAAGCAGAGCCUGCCAGAGCUAGAGUAGAGCCUAGAGGGCUAGUCUACGCCACUACGCGAUACGCCGGUCUACAAGUAUUAGUUACAACACCAUGUAAAUAAUUGUUACCACUCAUCGCGUUUCUGCUUGCGUAGAUCGACGCGUCGUACUUCUUUUUGCCUGUGACUUAUCCUUCUGCUUUGGCCCGUUUGGGGGUGCUGUCACAUCUAUGACUAUUCUGCUGUCUUGCGCAGCACUUGCACAGCGAAAGUUCGUGGCGAACACUCCUCCGUCUUCGUAGCGCAAGGAGCGCUGAGUAGUCGCUGAUUUGCCCGGACUUCGAGCUCACAGACCGCGUAGAUCUACAGCAUGAGCUUGUAGCUCGACUGAUAGGUCGUGAAAGAAUCACUGUUUGGCUAAACUGUACUUGUCAGCGGCUUCAUUGUCGGCAUCAUCGCGGCGUCAUCUGAAGUUAGUGGAGCAGUGGAUAGUGCCGUCCCUGCGUUUGAGGCAGCCAGCACCAGAUUUAUCUCUAGAGCAGACAGAAAAGAUGAGUGUCGACGGCUCCGCUUCGGAGUUUGGCAUUGCGGCUCCUCCGCAGCGUCGUGCCAUGAGUGCCUUCCCAGCGACUGGCGCAUACAUGCCCACCGAUCCGAUGGACGUCUCGAAGUUCUCGCGACGGCAGCGAACGUUCAGCGCACGUGUCAGCAGCAAUCGGCCAUCGGUCCGCGUUGAAGCCAGGACCUACUCUGCCAUGAAGGCGGCUGGUCCUGACAAGUGGAUGAACUAUGACCGACCAAAGACGGGCCGAGAGGGAUGGUGGAGACGUGAUGUUGUGGACACACCCAAGCCUGGAGCGUACAACUUGCCUGACUUUCUCGUUGACAUUGACAAGAAGCCUUCUACGUAUCGCUUCAGCGCACCGGAGAGGGAGUGCCAGCUUGCCGAUCCUGGCAAGUCCGGAGAACUGCUUGACCCGUACAGAUACGAUCACAAGUCGUUCUUAGCUGAGACAAAUGCCAAGAAGUUGACGUACGGCUUCAAGGUCACCGAGCGUGAUCAAGCACCCAAGAUUGGUGAUGGCUUUGGCGACAAACACCUAGCAAAUCUGGAUCCAACGAUGUACCGCACUGUCAACUUCCUGCCCGAAGCUAGAGCGGAGCGCACAAACUCUGCCUUCAAAUCCAAGUAUAAACGGCACUCAUCUGGACCGUUUGUUCCGAAAGUUGGACCAUCUCCGGCAACCCGGGACCUUUCCUUACCACUGGGUAGUUCUGGUGCCCGACACAGCGGAACAUCUUCGUUCAUGUCCGGUGUGUCCCGGCUGCCCUCUCGACACACGGCCGUGCCUGGACCUGGCCACUACACACCAUCAGACCCUCGUCCCAUGCCACCAUCUAUCCUUGCACCAAAACGAGCGCGCAGCAAGAGUGCCCCAGCAUCGCGUCUCGGCACGUCAGCAAAGAAGUCAACCAACAGUAAAAUUGAGGAGCUGGAUGAUGAAGAGGAUGAAGAUGAAUCGAAGUAGUGAAUCAAGUAGUUCAGAAAGGAGUCGUCUGGGGAAUGCACAACGUAUUCUUCGGCCGGUAGUGCAAAACCGUCACAAAGCAUCUUCCCUGUUGCGGGGACUUGAGGUUUGAUUAUGCCAUUUGAUACUACUGCAUGUUGGUUGCGCCAAUUGUCUUGACUCCAUGCACUUGUGAUGCACUUGCUUGGCCUGAAAUCUAGUUUAUACAGUUACUGGGACAGCUACAGUGUGUGGACUGCACAUGAUAUUUGAGGCAUCCGCUACGAUCCCCUCACCAGUUUGCUCUACCCGCUAUCCAGAGAAUCAGUGUAUGGGAUAGCAACCCUUAUGUGUAGAGUAAAUGGGGGGGGGGGGGGGGCAUUUUUCUUCUUUUUUUCUGACUUAUGGUCUUCAACUCUGUUUUGUACACUAAAGAUCAUCAAUUGCAAACUUGUUUUGUUUUCCUUUUUCAACUUGAACUGUCUUGAAGUACAUGACUGGAUAGUGGCAUUCAGACCGGUAUCAAUGCUUUGCAAGUCCUGUACAGGA